AUGGCUGUGGUGGUGAGAAAGGUUUGGCAAAGCAACCUGGAUGCCGAAUUUCGUCUGAUCAAAGGGUGUUUGAAGCAAUUCAGGUUCGCGUCGAUGGACACCGAAUUCCCGGGCACCAUCUACAAGCCCGAGGGGAGCGUCUCGUCUCUCUCAGCCGCCCAUCUUUACGCGUUGAUGAAGAGAAACGUGGACGCUUUGAACAUCAUCCAACUGGGGCUGACCCUCUCCGACGCCCACGGCAACCUCCCCACUCUCGGCACACCCGCCACCUUCUACGUCUGGGAGUUCAACUUCCGCGACUUCGACUCCGACUACGACCGCUACAAUCCGGAGUCUAUCGCGUUCCUCCGCGAUCAGGGCAUCAACUUCGCGGAGCACAAGCGCAGGGGUAUCAACUCCCGUUUCUUCGCUGCCUACUUCCUCAAAUCCGGCCUUGGAAUGGGCCGGGCCUGGGUCACUUUCCAUGGGCUCUACGACUUCGGGUUCUUGAUCAAGAUUCUUACGAGGGAGGCCCUGCCCAUCCAUCUCCAACACUUCAUGCUGCUGCUGCGUCGCUUUUUGGGCAUUCAGGUCUACGAUUUGAAGCCCAUCACCCGCUCCUUUGCGCUUCACGGUGGCCUCGACGCCGUGGCUCGGAGUUUGAGCGUCGAGCGGGCUGCUGGGAAGAGCCAUCAUGCCGGCUCAGACAGUCUCCUCACUAUGCAAGUCUUCACUAGGCUUGUCCUCAACUCCAACCACGCUUCCUCCGUUUGUGCUAUGCUUCACCGAUUCAACUAUCUAUUAUAUGGACUCACCUGUUAG